AUAUUGUCGCCUGUAUUUCACUUCGCAAUAUCUUCCAAAAUCACACCUUCGUCAGAGGUCUGAUCGUUGUUUUCCUCCAGCGGACGAGUUCCCUGACUCUUCUCACCUGGAGAUUACGCUCAUUAGGCAUUGUAUCCCGGAGCCUGACGGCAGCUAGUGGUGUAUUUUGGGAGGAGCGUCUGAAAUUUUUAAUUUUCAAAACUUCUUUAAAUUUUAUUCUGGAACAAUCGUGAAUUGGGAUAAUGGAGUUGAGGGAAAAUGAUUUGCCAGGUACUCUGCACUGGCCUACUGACAAGGCCCACCUGAAGAUCCUGAGCGCUGACACUAUUGGAGAUACUGCGUACAGUCGAAGUUGGGUUCUAAAAGUCAUAUUUGCUAUGGGAAAGUGUCACUUAGAACGACGUUCCUGCGUGGACGUGGAGCAAAACUUAUGUUACUUGUGGGACAUGACAGCGAACAAGGAUGUCGCAACAUUUAUGGUUGAUCAUUUUUUUCUAUCAUUUGCCCAGAGAAUCUUGACAACCUCAAACGAUGCCAGACUGAAGGAAAUAGUCACGGGAAUACUUGGGAACAUCUGCUGUUUUCGCGAACUUCUGUCUACAGUGGGAAAUGAUGUAAUUCUGAUCAGGGCCACACUCAAUCAACUACUUGAUCAUGACACGCAGACUAUCAUUCAAGUCGUGAGGAUACUCCAGACUGCAAUGUGGAAACCAGAGUACUCAAUGCACAAAGUGCAGUUUGCGGAAGAUGCAGAUGCACGUGUACCGUGGAUGGACCAGUUCCACCAGUGCAGGUUUCUUGGCGAAGCUUUAUGUUUUAUUCUAACGAGUUCAAAGAAUGAACAAUUAUUGACAGAUGUCGUGAAUCUCGUGAACUCCAUGAUGUACGUCGAGUUAGACAAAUCUUUCUCCUUCCGAAAAGUGUUCAACAUGAAGUCCCUCGUAGCAAGUCUGGUGGAAGCCCUUUUGCAACUGAUAUCAGAACAGUCGGAGGAUGAAAGUCACAGCAGAACACAGGUAAAAACCGUCGAGAAAUGGCUGGAGAUUCUACUGAAAAUCAUGGCGGUCGCUUUACCGAAUGUACGACAUGUUCUCACAGACAGUAAAUCUAUUGUCGACCUCUUAACACGAAUCCUAAAACCCUACAAAAUCGCUGAUAAUUUAAGGAUGGCUCUCGUAGACAAGUCAGUAAUAGUCGACUGCAUUCAUCAGUGUAUUGAACUUGUCGAGUGGUUUCAAAAGAAUGGAUUUGAGGUUGAUUCCGAACCAGUUGCUGUUAUACUGGAGUUCAUGUAUCAGUUGGAUAAUUUGCUGAGUACUGAGUUCAACGAUGUAGAGGUGAGCGUGUCAGUGCAGGAGCUUCAAAAUUUUCUUCAAAAUUACUGGACAACGUUGCGGACCCCUGGAAGGCUUAACAUACCAGAACUUCUGGAACUUUUACCAGCAGAAGUGAAAGACUACUUGACAACUAAUCUAGACGAAAACAAUUCAGUAGAUCAGAACCUCCCGCAGUGAGUGAAUUAUUUCGUUCGAUUAUUGUAUUGGGAUAAAUGUCAGUUGUUGGUGGGUCAGUAGGCUUUAAUUGUUUUGGAACUGAAGUGCAACAAAUAUGAAUAGAACGAUAAAUAUUAUUUUUACGGGGUCACAUAUUAAUUUUAAAUGAGUUAUGCAAUUAAAGAAAUUAUUUUUAUUUUCCGUUAAAACUGUCAAACACGUAUUUGUCAACUUUACAGUAUUUAUCAGGUAAACCGAUUAAAAAUUAUGAAAACGCGACGUUUGAUUUUGUAAAAUAUCAAAUAAAAUUGAUGAUUAUUUUCUACAUGAAUAUUAAAUUAAAUCUCUAGAUGAA